ACGGGGGCGGGGAUUCCAUGAAUGGGGCGGGGUUUUCUACGGGAGGGGCGGGGUUUGGAGAGGGGGCGGGGCCUGGGCAGAGCCUUCCGGGGGUCGCGAGUGGGAUCAACGGGAGUUUGGGGGUCGCGAUCGGCGCCUCGAAUAUCGCGAUUGGUAGCCCCGAUAUCGCGAUUGGUAGCCCCCAUAUCGCGAUUGGUGGCCCCGAUAUCGCGAUUGGUAGCCCCCAUAUCGCGAUUGGUGGCCCCGAUAUCGCGAUUGGUAGCCCGGGACUCCCCCCCGGCUGCCUCGGGCUCCUCUCGGGGGGCUCUGGCGCCCUUUCCGAGGGUCGGGACCCCCUCCCCACCCCCCCCGUGCUGCUGGCCCCGCCCCCCUGCUCCAGCCCCGCCCCUUUCCUGCUGAUCCUCGUGCCCAGCGCCCCCUCCCAUCGCGACAAUCGCGACGCCGUGCGCGACACCUGGGGCGGGGCGUGGCCGUGGGCGGAGCCUGGCGGAGCCCCGCCCCUCCCGACCCGCACCGUGUUCGUGUUGGGCGCCGCCCCCUCCCCUCAAUCCCAACGCGACCUCCUGCAGGAAUCGCGACAAUAUCGCGACAUCCUCCUGGGCGAUUUCCGCGACGUUUACGCCAAUUUAACCCUGAAAACGCUGCUUUUGCUGCGCUGGGCUCGCUCCUGCUGCGAGGCCGCUCCUUUCCUCCUCAAAGCCGACGACGACAUUUUCCUCAACGUCCCCUCUAUCGCGACAUUGCUGUCGCGCCCCUCCACCCCSCCGCGCCUCUACCUGGGCCGCGUCCACUGGCGCGUGUCCCCAAACCGCGACCCGCGCAGCCGCCACCACGUCCCGCGGGUUUUGUACCCCGAAUCCUCCUUCCCGCCCUACUGCAGCGGCACCGCCUACGCUCUAUCGCGACAGGCGGCGACAGCGCUGCUGGCGGCGGCUCCCGGGGUUCCGCUGGUGGCUCCCGAGGAUGUUUGGGUGGGGCUGUGCGCUCGGCGGGCGGGGGUCGCGGCGCGGCACUCGGCGCGGUUCGCGGGGGGAGCGCGGUUCCCGCUGGAGCGCUGCUGCGCGGGGCGGGCGCUGCUGAGCGCGCACGGGCUGCGGCCGCGGGAAAUGCGCGGCCUCUGGGGGGCGCUGCGGAGCGCGGGGGGACCCGCGGGGGUGUGCGGGGCGCUGCAGGCGGCGCUGGGGGUGCUGCGGUGCAGAGCGAUGGCGCUCGGGGAGUGGAUUUGGGGGACAAGGGAGUGA